AUGUCUGGGAGCCUGUGGCUGAAGAAAAAGGAGGAGAGAGAUGGCAGAAGCUGCUGGUGGCGAGGCUUCUUCUGCAGGAUGGAAAUGGCUCUGGACUUGGCGGUCGCUGAUGCCCCUCGCUCUGCUACCGCUUGGCCCUGGACCGCAGCCGGGUGUCAGGCUUUGCACAAAGAACAACCCCCUAUUGUGUCUCCCGCGUGGGUCACCUCAUCGGGCUCGGGUUCCCUGCCCCACCUCUCGCUUCCCAGGCGGCUGGGAUCUUUUGCUCGAAAGGGUCGGAAGCUGCAGCCUGCGAGUGGGCGGGGCGAGCAGGCCUGGGAGGGCUCAAAGGCGAGGUGGAAGGAUACACGAGCCACGGUCGGAACUACUUUCAGGAGGAGGUCACGUGUGGUCCUAGUUGGGGAACUUUCCAAAUUCCCAUUCCCCUCUGUGUGCUCCUGAGGCAAGAGCUUGGACCCUUCUGCUCUGCUAGGUGGUCACCCCAGGUGGGGGCAGCCGGACCCCUGCUCAUCCCGGUCGGAGCGGAGAGCGGCACCCACGAGCGGUCCGCAGGAGCGCUGUCGGGGCCAACGCCUGGGGAGCUGGUUACACAAGCACCCACAUUCAAGCACGUGCCCCGGCCACCCCUCUCUGCUGGCCGCCGCCGGUUUGUGCACGGUGACGCGGAGAGUCCCCAGCCUGCGCUUCCCUUUCGCUUGCAACCCAUGGAGCGAGCCAGAAGGCCGAGAGUCCUGCUCUGGGUCUGCCCACACCGCGCGUUCUCAACCGUGGGAGAAGAGGCUGGGCCUGAGGGCAUCUGACGCAUCUCGUUUGCUAAUGAGAUGGACCCUCUGUAGAUCUGUACUCGCGGGGCAAAAGGGUAUCUCCUGUUGCUGCUGGCUGCCCGGGCUUACCGAUGUUGCAACAAACUUCCAGUCACUGCCCCUGAACUGGUGAACGCGCCCCACCUACUGUAGACUCAGCCAAGUGACUUAUCUGAGCACCUAGUCAAUGGCUGUCCGCCCAGAACAAACCUGUCAAGUAAAAAAGCUUACUGCCGGGAUUGGCUGACCUGUCGCGCUUGAGAGAGCUGGUUCAGAAAUGCUGAUAACUAGAGUGCAAGCCCCUCCUCCCGGACGAGCCAGCCACAAAGCGAGCGAUCACCUUGAGCUUGAAGAAAAAUGACAUCAACACCAAGGCAGGGAUUUCUUCCUUUUUGUUCUUUUCCCAGAGGACUUAGUUCUCAGGGUGACAAUUUGAGUCCGAAAGUAUCUGACUUGAGACCUAAGCUGAGGCACUGGGUCAUUUUAGAAAUUGGGAGAUUAGUAAUCUAUUAUCAUGGGUAUUGCUGUAAUUGCGAGUAGGUGUCUAGGAAGGCCAGCCGAGGGUUUAUGAAGUAUAGGAGAAAGAAAAUUGCGUAUGUGCACAGCAUAGUUGCAGGCAGCUCCUGAAGCCUAGAAACCUCAAGAGGCUUGGCUCAGAGAGCCACGGGCCAUUACCUAACUCCAGGACUGCUAAUUAAACCAGGGAUAUUUACAGUUCUAUUAGAGAUCUCUGAGGCUACUCAAACCUUGCAUUUAGAUGCAUCCUUUUAAGAUCUCUCUGCAGGAGUCAGCAGCCCAAGCUAAGCAAGCAUUGAUGUUUAUUGCAGGCUGUUUUUGUGCACGGUUCUGGUCGGUUGGGGGAGGCAGGGAAGACGGAUGAGAGCAAUUUGAAAACAAUAGAAAGCCCUCCAUUUGGUUUCUAAAGAUGUAAAUAAAUCUAACCCACACAGCCUAAUCUAAGAUGGAGAUCUAUUUUACAUAUAACCCCCAAAGUCAAGGUGUUAUAUGAAAUGCAUGGUAAAAACCCAAGGUGUGCCCAGUGGAAUAUCUACUGUCGCUUGGUGAGGAAAAUAAGGAUGAAGUUACAUCAAGAGAAGUAGGUUGAGGAGGGGAAAUGACCCACAUUUUUUCCUGUCCCCAGAGUCUCUGUUACUAGCAUCACCCUAUUUUGCCUCUUCCCUGGAGCCAUCUUGUGUGACAUAGUCAAAGAAUCUCUAAGACACUCUGAAAUCUUCCUCUAUAAGAAAAAGAAAGGCACUCAUUCCAAAGCUUCCUGAUGCUGGGCUGGAGGAAAGAGGAUCCGUUUCUGUUACCAGAACAUCACUCUAGAGCACAGGGGAUGAACAUCCCAGCACUCAAGUGCUGGAACCUGACACCAGCCCACAGACACUUCCAAGUGAGGGAAGAAAGCCGGAAACCAGUUAACUGCUUCCCUGAAGGCCAGGUUCCUCUCUCUAGUGGUGAAUGAAUAGAUAACUAUGUUGGCCCGGUGUGUGGCCAGGCUGACAAUAGUAUCAGGUUUUGCUGGGUGUUUCCUCUCACAGCAUUAACUAUGUUUCUGAAAGAAGUACUGAUGUAGACUUGUAAAUUUUUUGGUGUUUUUCACAUCCAUUCAAAGGAUGUGAAUAGGUCAGUAGGGGAAAAGCCCAGAUAGCAAUAAAAAAAAUAUUUAAAGUUCAAAUGAAAAUAUAUCUGCUUGGCUGUCCUGAUACUACAAUACACUGGUUGCCUAGCACUUCAUUUCCUUACCUGUCUGGAUUUAAAACACCCCAGGGAGAAACAGAAGCCUAUAACAAAGGAGGAAUUAUAUAAAGCUCUAGGGAGACUAACUUUAUAGAAUAAUUAGGGAGUAUGAUAAACCAGCUUUAAUUAUAGUUUCCAACAGCUGAUUCCAAAACUGUAUUGUUACUACAAGCCAAAGAUGUUCAGAGAAAAGUCUUCCCUGGUUUCUUUGAUAAGUGGGACACCAAGAACUGGAUGUGGAUAAUAGAAAUAGUUGAUGGCUGUUGGAGGUUCUGCACUAAAGUAUCUUGUGUGUGAGCCCUCCAUUGUCCUGGUGCCUUUCUCCUCUUCCCAUUCUGACCCUUCCAAAAGAGAGUUAAGUCUAGUGCUUUAAUUUUUUUAAGCAAGUGGUCUGUUUUUUGUUUUUUUUUAACUUAAAAAGCACUUUCUAAAUAAUAGAAAAUAAUGGUUUAGGUAACAUAUAAUUGGCUUUGAAUUUAAACUGGCCUUUUUUAGGUUUCUGAAGGCUUUCCUCUUAUUUAUUCUAUUAUUUAUUUAGUUUUUUAAAUCCACAUUUAUUUAUUGUCUGUGCAAGCAUGCACCAGCUCAUACACACAGGUCAUGGCACAUUGGUGGUGCAUGUUAGAGGACAAUUUGCAAGAGUCUGUUCUCUCUUUUGACCACAGCUUCUGGGGAUCUAACUCAGGUUGCCGGGUUUGAUGGAACACACCUUUACCCACUGAGCCAUCUUACCACCCCACUUACUGUUCUCUUAAGCACAAACAGUUUGCUCAGCCUGUCCUCCUAUAAGUCAUACACAUACUGUAUUCUAGGAGAAAAUUUUGCAUUACGAUCUAUAAGCUUUCCAUACUCUAAACUUUCCCAAAGCUUUUGCAAAUGGCUCUCUGUCACCUUUCCUGUCUCAGGAAAGAGAUAUUCUGUAUGAUAUCAUUAGUCUCAAACAAACAGAGGCUGUACUGGGUGCUGGGGUGCCACAGAACAGACCACAUGGCACCCAGGAAUUAUCACUCAGGGAGUGUCACAAAACAACUUUAUUUCCAUUAAUUUUGACUGUCAGAUCUUCUACUUUGGUCUUAAUUCCAGUUGUGGCUCUAUGGAACAUAGCUUGCUGUUUUAGCACUUCUAAUAAUAGAAACUAAAUGUUUCAGGGUAACCCACAUGUCUAGGUAUAGGAGUGGCGCUGAGAUGGAAUCAAGAUUGACAGUGCUUCUUCUAGAUCAUCAACUAUUUCGGAGGAGGAGUACCUUUUUUGAAAGAGAAAACAGACAAAACCUGCUUAAAUCAUCUUCAUGAUGACUGGGGAGUCUUAUCUCCGUCCUUGUAAUGAUUCAGUCAACAAACACUUGGGACUUUUAUGUGCUCCUCCUGUCUUAAGCUUUUUGAAUAAGACAGAUACUGGCCAGCAGGGUCCACAUUCAGUAGGAUGAGUCAGCUUUGGGAAUAUGAAUCCUUGGACUGAAACUAUUGCAACCUCCUCACAGCCCACAAAGUCAAGUUAACAACUAUGAUGCUUGAUAACUGAUUCAAUUAUCUAUUGCUUCACAACAAAUCACAGUAAAAAACCAGUGACUUGAAACGACCAUCUUUGUUUUCCCACAAUUCUUGAGGAAGGGUGUGGCUGGGCAAUUCUUUUCCCCACUGUUAAGAUCAAGGGACAGAUAUGGUCUACUCAGCUGUGAGUUUGGCUGGAUCUGGAAUGUCUAAGGAAAUUUCAACCUGUGUAUCCAGGAACUCAACUGGAGUAACUAAAAUGACGAAGAGUUUCACUGUCUUCAUGAGGUUACUCCAAAGCUGAGCCUAUAACUUAGCCAUCAUGAAGAGCAUGGGUGCAGUUUCUCAUUUUGCAGCCAUCUGGAUCUUUAUUUCAUGGGCAUAUUGUAUAGUUGGCCCCUGAAGCCAUUUCUCACACUGAGACACUUGAUAACUAAAGAGAUACUCCCAGGCCCCUAAAUUUUCUAGAAAAAAUGAUGUUUGUUUUGGAGACUGGCUCUUAUUUAUCCCAGGCUGGUCUUGAACUCACUGUAACUGACAGUGAUCUUUCAUUUUUGAUAUCCCCUACCUCCACCUCCAGAAAGGUUACAUGCAUUUACUAAGAGUGAGUUCCAGGACAGCCCAGGCUACACAGGGAAACCCUGUCUUGAAAAACCCAAAACCAAAAAAAAAAAAAAAAAAAAAGUCAAUUGAAAACUUAUACAUAUGUAGAUAAAUAUGCUAAUCUAAAUCUACAGAAAAUAUCUGAGAGAAUAAACAAAAGUCUAAAAAGAAAGGGAAAGCAUUUCAGAGAGAGAUUGACAUCUCUUCGUGUGUUGUUUGUGUGUUGAAUGGGUUUUUUGGGUUCUUUGUUUUGUUUUUAUCAAGACAGGUUUUCUCUGUAUAGCCCCCGCUGUCCUGCAACUGGCUCUGUAGACCAGGCUGGCCUCAAACUAACAGAUCUGCUUGCCUCUACCUCCACAGUAGUGGAAUUAAAGGUGUUCUUUACACUGAUCAUUUUUGUUUUCAUAAGACAAAAUAGUGAUUUUACCCAAUAGAAUUAAAGCUAAAAAUAAAUGUUUAUUAUCAAAAGAAUAUCAAAUAACCAGAGAGGAAGUUCAUGUCUAAUUUCAUUCUCAAAUAAGUGAGCUCGCUAAGAAAUUUCCAAUAUUGAAGCCUAAAGGUCUGCUCAGUAUCUGCCAUAAAUGAUAUCUAGAAAUGCUGUGUGCUACAGGGGUGCUAUGUGCUACAGGGGUGCUGUGGGCUAUAGAGAUACUGUGUACUAUAGGGAUGCUGUGUGCUAUAUGAGCUCUGUCUUGAUCCAAGUACCCUCUCUUCCUGUAUCAACUGCUUCAACUAGGUCUAUUUUUCAGUUUUUGUACUACUUAGCAAUGUUCUGCUCAAAACAUUCUUUUCCUCUAGAAAUAAUUAUAUUUCUACAGCACCAAAGUCUUCUUCCACCCUACAACGUAGCAGACUUCUCUGUGAUAGGAUAGAAGAUUGAGAAGAAAUCUCAAAGACCUUCUCAUUCACCAACCUCAUUGUACAUUGUACAUGCAAAGAAACUAGGAACAAUGAUUUACAAAACAUUACAGAUGCUUAGGAGCCUGGGAAAUUUCUUUAGUUAAACAAAAAUGGGGCAAAAUCCUAGCUUUUAUUGAACCUGAACAAGGUACCAGAGGGAAAUUAGACUAGAGAUGACUUUUCAUAAUAUUUCUAGCCCUAGAGUUGGACACAGACUAAGGGGAUAAGAUGUGAUUGGUGUUCAUUGUCUGCCCUCUGUUUCCUGAACUUAGUUCCAAGGAUGAGCCUUAAAAAAAUUCAAACGUGAGCUGGGCAGUGAUGGCUCACACCUUUAAUCACAGCACUCGGGAGGCAGAGGAAGGCAGAUCUCUGUAAGUUCGAGGUCAGCCUGAUCUACAGGGCAAGGUCCCAGACAGCCAGGCCAGGGCAACACAGAGAAACUCUGUCUCGAAAAACCAAAAAAAAAAAAAAAAAAA